UUUCCGAUAGCAACUUCCGGGGCGUCCUGGUCCUGCAGGGGGAGAGGCGGAGAGGACGGAGACGGGGUUUCUGUGUUGACAGUCGCAGGGUUGCACAGAAGUGAAGACAUUUGAUGAGCAUGCGAUACCCAGCAGUCAUCCCUGUGUGUUAGGAGGACUGAGCCCCACCUCACUCACUGAUACAUGAGAGGCACAGUGACCAGAAGAUCCUGGAACUCACCAGCAAGAUCAUUCAGCUGCUGACUGGAGAGGACGUGGAGUAUAUGGAAGACUACAAGAAUCUGUACAAGAACAUGAUGGAGAAUCACCGAACCCUCACAUCACUGGAUGGACCCAGUAGCAGAGCUACAACAGAGAGAUGUCCCCGUCCUCUUUAUUCCCAGGAGUGUACAGAGGAGUAUAAGGCUGAAGAUUUGACUGUAAUUAAGGUAGAAUAUAUAGAGGAAGAAGAAGAGACGUAUGUGAGGGGUGAUCAGCAGUGUAAGGAUGAAGAAAUCCCUACAGAUAUCAGCACAGAUGGAUCCAGUAACAGAGAUACCCCAGAGAGAUGUCCCCGUCCUCUUUAUUCCCAGGACUGUACAGAGGAGAAUCACGGUGCUACUCAGGAGUAUCAAGGUGAAGAUUUGACUGUAAUUAAGGUAGAAUAUGUAGAGGAGGAAGAAGAAGAAGAGGAGACAUACAUGAGGGCUGAUCAGUGUAAGGAGGAGGAAAUCCCAACAGGUACCAGCACAGUAGGUAGAUGCAAAACCAGGAAUACCUCAGAGGGACAUCUCCGUUUGUCUCCAGAUUUUGAAAUAGAAGACGCUAUCACUAGAGAUUCUCGAGGAGAAAACCCCAUGGCCCUAAAUAUACAUCCAGUACGUCACAGUGCAGAUAUGUUAUCAGAUCCCUCAAAUCAUGACGAAUGUUCUCCUGAUAAUUCAGAUAUGGGUACACGUAGCACUGCUCAUACAGGUGACACAGUCUUUUCCUAUUCUGAUUAUGGUAAAAGUUUUGCUUAUAAUUCCCAUCUUGCUACACACCAGAUAAGUCAAACUGGUGAGAAGCCGUUUCCGUGUUCUGAGUGUGGGAAAUGUUUUACACGCAAAGCAGGCCUCAUUGAACAUCAGAGACUCCACACAGGUGAGAAAACCUUUAACUGCUCCGAGUGCGGGAAAUACUGUACAAGGAAAUCGCACCUGAUAGAACACGAGAGAACUCACACAGGAGAUAAGCCGUUUCCGUGUUCUGAGUGUGGGAAAUAUUUUACAAGGAAAUCUUACCUAGUGGCGCAUCAGCGGACUCACACCGGUACAAAGUUGUUUUCUUGCUCUGAGUGCGGGAAAUUUUUCACCAGGAAAUCGCAUCUUGUGGCACACCAGCGAACGCACACGGGGGAGAAGCCUUUCCAGUGCCCUCAAUGCGGCAAAUGGUUUACGUAUAAAUCGCAUCUUGUGGAACAUCAGAGAAGUCACUCCGGAGAGAAGCCGUUUUCAUGCGCUGUGUGCGGGAAAUGUUUUACACGGAAAACUCAUCUGGUGGAACAUCGGAAAACUCACAGCGGCGAGAAACCAUUUCCAUGCCCUGAGUGCGGCCUCUUAUUUACUUAUAAAGCACAUCUUGUUGAACAUCUGAGACACCACAAAGGUGCGAAAUCAUUUCCAUGCGCCGAGUGCGGGAAAUGUUUUGCCUAUAACUCGCAUCUGGUUACACAUCAGAGGACUCACACAGGUGAGAAGCCGUUUCCAUGUUUGGAGUGUGGGAAAUGUUUUGCAUACAAAUCCCAUCUUGUAGAACAUCAGAGGACUCACAAAGGUGAGAGACCCUUCCUGUGCGCUGAGUGCGGGAAAUCCUUUACACGCAAAUCGCAUCUUGUAUCGCAUCAGAAAACGCACACGUGCGCCAAGUCCUUUCCGUGUGCUGAGUGUGGGGAAUGUUUUACACGGAAAUCACACCUUCUUGAACACCGGAAACGUCACACGUGAGAGAAAACAUUUUGGUGUUAAAGUUUUACAUGCAAUUAAUCACAAAAUAUAAGGGAAAGUAAUUCCCAUGAGCAAAUAUUUACACCAAACAGGGUUGCAGCAAUGCUUCAUACAAUAUACAGAAAGCUGUUUGAUAUUAAUGUCACUUAAGAAAAUAAGCGUGUGUGUAUAUAUAUAUAUAUAUAUAUAUAUAUAUAUAUAAAUUAGAGACUGUGUCCUCAGUAAUAUAUUGAGGGGCCCUGUUUAGGGCUGCCGUGACAGUAUGUAUUAGUAUUAGUAUAUAUACCAGUUAUAACUUAAUUACCACCCAUGGACAGAUGAAAUGUAGAGUGUCGACAUAAUACUUUUAAGACAUUUCUUAUGUGUAGAACGUAUUGCCAUGCCCUGUUUCUGUUACAUAUCCGCAUCAUUCUCCAAAAGUAAUUCCUGACAAUGCCGUUAUAUAGGGUCCUGAGUAAUACAUGAUUCCAGCAAGAUGGAAUCAUGAAGAAGAUGGAAGACACUAAUACAUUAUGUUGUACCAUACAUUGUAAAUAUCUAUGACUCAUAUAAUGAGUUUUGCAAACAGAUACUGGGAAUCGUGUAAAUAGAAAUGUGUGGCCACAGUGCAAAUGCCAUUUUGUGAUGCUGUGUGGUAAUUUUCGCACAAACGCACACCCUUGUACAGAUUCCAGCACGGCUCAGUGGGUCAAGAUGUGUUUGCGAGGAAUGAAAAGCUUUGCGGAUUAUGCUAGGACAUGGAGCCAGUUUUGUAUUACGUGCUCAUUUGAAAAUUAGAUUUUGCUCUGUAAAAAGGGUGAAGGAUAUGUCUUUACAAAGUCCUUCUGAUUGCACAGUAACCGUCCACCAACUGCCUGGAGCCAGGAACUAGCAUAGUAACUGUAGCCACCAACUACCUGAAGCCAGGAACUAGCACAGUAACUGUACCCAUCAACUGCCCGGAAUCAAGAACUAGCACAGUUACUGUACCCACCAACUGCCCGGAAUCAAGAACUAGCACAGUAACUGUAGCCACCAACUGCCCAGAAUCAAGAACUAGCACAGUUGCUGUACCCAUCAACUGCCCGGAAUCAAGAUCUAGCACAGCUACUGUACCCACCAACUGUCUGCAAUCAAGAACUAGCACAGUAACUGUACCCACCAACUGCCUGGAGUCAAGAACUAGCACAGUUACUGUACCCACCAACUGCCCGGAAUCAAGAACUAGCAUAGUAACUGUACCCACUAACUGCCCGGAAUCAAGAACUAGCACAGUAACUGUACCCAUCAACUGCUUGCAAUCAAGAACUAGCACAGUAACUGUACCCACCAACUGCCCGGAGUCAAGAACUAGCACAGUUACUGUACCCACCAACUGCCCGGAAUCCAGAACUAGCACAGUAACUGUACCCACCAAGUGCCUGCAAUCAAGAACUAGCACAGUUACUGUACCCACCAACUGCCCGGAAUCAAGAACUAGCACAGUAACUGUACCCAUCAACUGCCCGGAAUCAAGAACUAGCACAGUAACUGUACCCAUCAACUGCCCGGAAUCAAGAACUAGCACAGUAACUGUACCCACCAAUUGCCUGGAGCCAGGAACUAGCACAGUAACUGUACCCACCAAUUGCCUGGAGCCAGGAACUAGCACAGUAACUGUACCCACCUGCUGCCCAGAGCCAGGAAUUAGCACAUUGGUUGUAUUCAUGUACAUGUAUCUUAAGCAACAGCAAAAAUUAAUAUACCGCUACCUUAUGUAUUAAGUAUUUCCCCCGUCUCUUAGAUUGCAAGCUCGAUAAGGCAGGCUCAUCUACACUUCUGCUUCAUGUCAUUAUAUGUUAUUUUAUCUUCAUGUUCUCAAUGUACAGGGCUGAGUAAUAUGUUGUUGCUUUAUAAAUAUAACAUGAUAAUACUAUAUAUAGGACAGUUCUUAUAAGAAUUACAGCGUAACACACAGUGGACAAAGGCAUCUUGUGGCUAGAAACAUCACCCAUGAGAACACAUCCUGUUGCUAGGAACCAGUGACAUCACUGAGGUACCACCAUGCAUCACCCCAAGAUGGCUGCCUGCACUGUUUGUCGUUGACAAUUGUGCUUUCAUUCAUGUGACUUUGGAAUCAAUGUAACUUUCAACAUUAGAUAUUUCCUAUAGUUCUUGCUCUCUCUAUAGGGGUUAAAGUACAUGGCCUUUGUUUUAUAAUGACUUGUAUAUUGUGUAUUGUAGUUUUCACAGUGGAUAAUGUUUUUUAGAUGAUUUCUUUUACUUUUCUUGCGAUUGUAUCUCUCUAAUUUUUUCAUCUUUAUAAUAUGUGUAAGAAAAACGUAUAUAUAGGGACAUGGCAUGCAAUCUUAUGGUCUGUACACAGCCGGAGUAAUAAAAUCUGCAGUCCUUUCCAA